AUGGAACCGUCGGCGGACAACCAACUGAUUGCUCGCCAUGGUGAUCAAAACCGGGGGAGAGCAAGCGGCUCGUUCUGCAUUAUGCUGGAUCAGUAUGGUGUCGACAAAAACGUCGUCGGUGACAUCUUACGCAUGCUGCCUGUACAACCGGACAAAGUAUCCAAUGUCAGGGGCCCAUAUCUGGAAGUAUCCAAGGUAGACAAUGGCAGCGUUGAUGUGAAAGUUGUGCGUGCCUUCCAAGCUCACUUCCCCAAGGCAGAUGACCCCCGGGGCUUUCCCCUCCCACUUGGCGAUUUCCAAGAAGAAAAGCAUCAGAUUAUGGCAGAGGGCGGUCAGGUGGGAAGUUUUGCCCACAUCGAGGGACGACCAGUCUUCCUUGAUCAUGGUGUCACUGUGGAUGACAUGCACAAUGGAAUGAUCACAAGGCAGUUAAGCUCUGCGGGGUCGCUCAUGCUGGAGGUGCCGAGAGCGCAUGGCCUCGAAAGUGUACCAGAGGCUGGAAAGAGUGGGCCUGAGCAGUCCAUUGUGCAUCGAACAUUUCUGCACCCGUGGGAAAUUGACCCCAAGAAAAUUGAGUUUGGCCCACGCAUCGCCGUGGGAGGCUUUGCAGAGGUGUUUGUUGGGAAAUAUGAGGGUACUGUGGUGGCCAUCAAACGGUUACUGGAAAGCGAUGCAACAACGAUUGGGCAAUUCAAGAAGGAAGUUACCCUGCUCGCGCGAAUCCGGCACCCGAACUUGAUUUUGUUCAUCGGCUACUGCACGACCCCACACCUGUGCAUAAUCUCAGAAUUCAUGCAGAGGGGCUGCUUGUACUCCAUUCUGCGCCGCCAGGCUACACCGCUCUGCCCGAAGCUCCAAAAGCUGGUGUCCAUUUCUGUCGCAAGGGGGAUGGCGUACUUGCAUGGGCUGUCCCCUCCAAUCCUGCACUUGGACAUCAAGUCGCCGAACAUCCUUGUAGACAGCAACUGGCGUGUGAAAGUUGCAGACUUCGGUUUAAGUCGAAUGAGGUUCAGAUCAUUUGUGACUGCUGGGCCAUCGGGCGGUGGCACACCCCACUGGAUGGCACCUGAAUUGCUGAGGAGCGAACACAUCGAUGAAAAAGCAGACAUCUUUUCAUAUGGCGUAAUUCUUUGGGAGAUUUUGACAGGAGAACUGCCCUGGGAGGGCAUGAACCCCAUGCAGGUUGUGGCUGCAGUUGGUUUCAACAACAGGUCACUUCCUGUACCCACAGCUGGUGACCCAUUUCUAAUCAAUAUGUUCCAGAGAUGUUGUGCUUGGGAGCCUUCAGACAGGCCCACUUUUCAUGAAAUCUUGGCAGAGCUGGACCUUCACUACAGCAGGGGCGUCACUGCCCCUCCCGGUGAACUGCGCACAGCGGUGGCUGUUGGACAGACUAGGAAUGUACAGCCCACAGUUGAUGAGCCAGAAUCGCCGCCUCGUGGUGGGGAAGCAAAGGGCUCCGUUGCCGAUGAUGAGAACAGCCUUGGCAGGCCAGGGACCAAGCUGGGGAUGGAACCUGUAGCAGGGAAAUCGAGUGGCUUACGGGAUGAAUUGAAGUGUUCUGAAGCCCAUCUCCAACACAACAAAGCAGAUGAGAAAUGCAACCCCCAGGACUGGGUUGAAGUGGAAGAAGGGAAGCGGGUGGUAUGUGCAGGCAGGGCUGCAUCAUCCCUUGACCCACGGGGAGUUGUGGCAAGGAGAUCGCUGGUGAUCGCUGUCGAAGAAGAUCCAUGCCACAAAGGUAGCUCCAAUGAUGGCAGUGCUGGGUUGAACCCAGAUGGCGUGCCACUGUCCCCUUUUGCAGCAUGGCCUAUCAUGCCGUUCGAUACACCAGCAGAUGAGGGAAAAAAUGCCCAUGGCUCACAUGCCUCAGCGGUAGAUGCUCCAGGGCCAUGCUCGGCUGGAUCCGAUCACAGCGAUGAUAGCCAUGGAGUGAAACCUGCAGGGCAGGAUGCUGGAUGUGUGGGCCAGACUGCUUCUCCCUUUGUAGCCAUGCCUGGCGUCCCACUCAGUGCACAGAUUUCAAGACGGGCCAACUUUGACCCAGGGCCUCCUGUUGUUAGCAGCAUGUUAGUGCAGGACAAUGCUAACAAGGAUAUUGGUGGCCAAGGUCUUGCUGUAAUGCCAUCACCAUUUGCAACCUUUGUUAAUCCUUCCAGUGAGGUAGCAUCAUACCAGCAAGAGAACAUUGCGGACAACGGUCUCCAAAGGCUGCGACUGAAAGCAGAAGGCUGUACAAUGGGCUGUGAUGGUGGGGCUGUAAAGGUCAACGAUUCAGCUUAUGUGCUGGCUGGAUCCUAUGAGAAUAGUGUCCGUCAAUGCACGAAUCUGCAUGUUGCAUUGCCUUUGCAAAAACGCAUUCUGUGUUCUUCAAGGCACAGAGCUUUCUGCACACAACCGUGA